UGCGGGAGUCGCGCCAGCAGACGAAGCGGAAGUCCCGCGUACCCACAGGCUACUCAGGCGAGGGACGCGCGGUAUCAUGGCCGCCGACAGUGACGAUGGCGCAGCUUCAGCUCCAGCGGUCUCUGACAGUGGUGUCAGCAAAAGCACAAAAUCUGGGGAGGAGCUAGUAGUCCAGGUUCCUGUCGUGGAUGUGCAAAGUGACAACUUCAAGGAGAUGUGGCCAUCCCUUCUGCUGGCCAUAAAAACAGCUAGCUUCGUGGCUGUGGACACGGAACUGAGUGGGCUUGGGGACAGGAAGAGUUUACUGAAUCAGUGCAUCGAGGAACGUUACAAGGCCGUGUGUCAUGCUGCCAGGACCCGUUCUAUCCUCUCCCUGGGCCUCGCCUGCUUUAAGCAGCAGCCAGACAAGAGUGGACACUCCUACCUGGCCCAGGUGUUCAAUCUGACCCUGUUGUGCAUGGAGGAGUACGUCAUAGAACCAAAAUCUGUGCAGUUCCUGGUGCAGCAUGGCUUCAACUUCAACCGGCAGUACGCCCAGGGUAUCCCCUACCACAAGGGCAACGACAAGGGUGAUGAGAGCCAGAGCCAGUCAGUGAGGACACUGUUCCUGGAGCUAAUCCGGGCCCGCCGGCCCCUGGUACUACACAAUGGUCUUAUAGACUUGGUGUUCCUAUACCAGAACUUCUAUGCACACCUGCCCGAGAGCUUGGGAACCUUCACUGCUGACCUAUGUGAAAUGUUCCCAGCCGGCAUUUAUGACACCAAAUAUGCUGCUGAAUUUCAUGUCCGCUUCGUGGCCUCCUACCUAGAAUAUGUCUUCCGGAAAUGUGAGCGGGAAAAUGGGAAGCGGCGGGCAGCUGGCAGUCCACAUCUUACCCUGGAGUUCUGCAGCUAUCCUUCUAGCAUGAGGGCCCAUAUUGACUACCGCUGCUGCAUGCCCCCUGCAACCCACCGCCCUCAUUCCACCAGCGUCUGUGACAGCUUCGCGGCCUAUGGCUGGUGCCCUCUGGGAUCACAGUGUCCUCGGUCCCAUGAUAUUGACCUUAUCAUUGACACUGAUGAGGCUGUGGUGGAAGACAAGCGGCGACGGCGACGACGUAGGGAAAAACGACGGAGGACUUUGUUGGGCCUGCCUAGGAAACAAAUCUCUGGGGAAGCUGAGGAUGGUCCUCCCAUGAAGCAGGUCUGUGAAGAUGGCCUCAAGGCUGAGGAAAUUGAGCAGGAGAUGACUGAGGAUGAGACUAGGAACCAGCCUGGCUCUGAGCAAAGUCACAAAAAUGACUUAGAGGUGGGGCUUAAAACAAGGCCUGAAACAGCUGACAUGGCUACUUUAGAAGCGCCAGGGAGUCAAGUCAGUCCUAACCCAGUGCCUGGGGAUGGACUGCAUCGGGCUGGUUUCGAUGCCUUUAUGACAGGUUAUGUGAUGGCCUAUGUGGGAGUGAGCCAAGGACCCCAGCCCUGUAGUUCUGGAUCCUGGCUACCUGAAUGCCACAACAAGGUAUACCUGAGUGGCAAAGCUGUACCCCUCACUGUGGCCAAGAGCCAGUUCUCCCGUUCCUCCAAAGCCCACAACCAGAAGAUGAAACUGGCUUGGGGCAGCAGCUGACCCAACUUCUACCUAGCACUCAGGGCCCAGAAAGAGAAGCUGAGGGUGGGACAGGGGAGUCGGGGGUCCCUCUAGCCUCUGAAGGUCCUACCCAGAGUUGGGGGUGGUCCUGGCAGAGAUAGAUACUGCUGCAUCACUCCUGGACCUUCUCCUUUACCCCAGGGGCGAAGGAACAAGGUACAAGUAAGAAGGCAGACCAGCACCUGUAACACCAACUUUAUUUUUUAAAUCUGAAAGUGUCUUGGGAAAGUUUUACAAAAAAAGUCAACAGAAACAAGUUAUGAAAAUA